ACCUUAUUUUUCUUUGAACUGUUAAAUUAUUAAACGUUUAAUAUUAUGAAUAAGCAAUAUAAACAAAUAGGCGAUGAAGUGUGGAAGAAUCGUGUAGAGAAAAUUAAUGCUGAACUAUUUACUUUAACUUACGGUUCAGUCGUAGCUCAACUUGUUAAGGAUUAUGAGGAUUAUCAAGAAGUGAAUAAGCAGUUAGAAAAAAUGGGAUAUAAUAUAGGAGUUCGAUUAAUCGAAGAUUUUCUUGCCAGAGCAAGUUUAGGACGUUGUGCAGAUUUUCGUGAAACAGCCGAAGUAAUUUCCAAGAUUGGAUUUAAAAUUUUUUUAAAUAUUACACCAACGGUAACGAAUUGGUCAUCGAAUAAUAAAGAAUUUUCGUUAAUUUUUGAGGAAAAUCCAUUAGCAGAAUUUGUUGAAUUACCGGAUGAUGGAGCAGCAGAUGAAUUAUGGUAUUCAAAUAUAUUAUGUGGAGUAUUAAGAGGAUCAUUGGAGAUGGUGCAAAUGCAAAUUGAAGCAAAUUUUAUAAGUGAUAUAUUACGUGGUGAUGAUCAAACUGAAAUGAGAGUUAAAUUAGUAAAAUAUCUUGAAGAAGAAGUGCCAGCCGGUGAAGAUUAAUUAUGUAUAAGUUUUUAACAGAGAUCAAUUUUUUUUUUAUUGUUAUCUAGUAGGAUGCAAUGAUAGUAAUGAUUAUUUAUUUAAUUGAGAUAAAUAAUUUUAGAUUAAUACGAGAUGUAAAAUUAAAAAGUAAUUAAAAAUCUCGAAUAGGACCACUACUAAAGAUCCAUUAAAUAUAUAAUAAUUCAAUCAAUAAAUAGAUAAUUGCUCAAAU